AUGGCUCCACUCUUGGGAUCAUCACACUCUCCCUUGGAAGACUCGAACAACACUUCACUGUCCUCUUCCGCCAUUGAGGAAGAGUCAGAUGCGUCUCUCACAACGCCACGACCUGGACCGAGCGAUCCAAAGCAGAGAGGAAGUGAGGACUUGAGUCGACCUGCUGUUGGCACGACAUCGGCGGAUAGUGGAUUUGAUACGAGCAUCUUUCGUUCACCAGGAGGGCGGCAAUCUUCGACCGGGUUUUCGUCGUCACCAAAAACGAAGCAGGGACAAGGCUCGCGGCCGGGAUCAGCGUUUUCGCCGACUCAGACGUUUGGGAGGGCACCUUCGCAGAAGAGUGUGAGCUUCUCGUCAGGCACUUCAGCGCCGAAGCCAGAGAGGAGAGGGAGCUACGGGCUCAUGGCGAGAAUGGCUGCGAGCGAUGAGCGGAACGAGGGGAGGGUGUUCGCAGACGCUGAUGGGAUGGGGGAGAGCAGUAGUGCGGAUGAGAGCACGGCCAUCAUGAGGAGGAAGAGUCGGCAGGGAACGUAUGGGACUGCUGUCGCUGAAGCUGAGCAGAAUGGCGAAGGGGCUACGGAUGAAGGGACGAGAGGAGAUAUUGGACCGGCGGAGGAGCAGCAUGCGCCCAGUGAAGGAAUGAAGAAGAGGAAAAGCAGCCUUGGAAGAGGGAGGAAGGUUGGUCAGGGACAGCGACAACCUUUGCCAGACGUCGAUGGGGAGACGAGCGAAGAGUCCGAGAGUUGGUGGAAGGUAUUCGUUGACAAGUACGGGAGUGUGGAGUUGGAGAACAAGGGCAGUAUUGCCCGCGAUCAUCUUGCCUUGGAGCGCACCUUCCUCGCCUGGCUCCGCACCUCCCUCUCCUUCGCCUCCAUUGGCAUCGCCGUCACCCAACUCUUCCGUCUCAACACCUCACUCGCCGACUCAGACAAACCGCAGACUUCGUCCGCUUCAUCACUAUCGUCGUCGACCGGCUCGUCUGGUACAUUACUAGAUCAGUUUCAGAAACGCGACAUUUCACUCGCUGACAAUCAUCGUUUACGCCACGUUGGAAAGCCGCUGGGGGCGACAUUUUUGGCUAUCUCUAUCCUCAUCCUUCUUCUCGGCUUCCAUCGCUACUUUGAGUCCCAGCACUACGUUAUCCGCGGCAAAUUUCCGGCUUCGCGAGGCACGAUUAUCGUGGUGUCGUUCGUCGCUACGGCGUUGAUCAUCUCGAGCUUGGUGGUGGUGCUUGUGGUUGCACCCAGUGCUUUUGAGAAGUAG